CCCAUCUCCCCACAGGAGAAGAAGAAGCAAGCAGGAGGAAUUACUCCAGGAGAAACUACGGACAUACUAUUGUAAAGAUGGAGAUUAAGGAAGAACCCUGCAGAAUAAAAGAUGAAGAUACUGAGGAACAAAUAGACCCAACGGAGGUGAAUGAAGACAAACAGCAUAAUUUCACAAAUGAAGAUGGACACACAGUCGUUUCAAAGACUGAAGAGAAUUUCGCACAAAAACAAGCUGGAAAAUCUGGAGACAAAGGAUCUUUCACCUGCUCUGAGUGUGGAAAAAGUUCCUUGUUUAAAUCACACCUUAAGAUACACAUGAGAAUUCACACUGGAGAAAAACCGUUCUUCUGUUUUGAGUGUGGGAAGAGUUUCAUAGAUAAAUCAGGCCUUAACCGACACAUGAGAUCUCACACCGGAGAAAAACCAUUCACAUGCUCUCAGUGUGGAAAGAGUUUCGGACAUAAAGGACACCUAAAUGAUCACAUGAAAAUUCACACAGGAGAAAAACCAUUCACCUGUUCUGAGUGUGGAAAGAGUUUCAGCCGCAAAGAGGACGUAAAUGUGCAUAUGAGAAUUCACACUGGAGACAAUCUGUUUAACUGCUCUGAGUGUGGAAAGAGUUUCAUUCAGAAAGGACACCUUAAUGUGCACAUGAGAUCUCACACUGGAGAGAAGCCUUAUACAUGCUCUCAGUGUGGAAAGAGUUUUGGUUACAAAAGCGUUCUCAAAGAUCAUAUGCUCUUUCACUCUGGAGUGAAGCCAUUCAGCUGUGAUCAGUGUGAGAAAACAUUUGUUUUGGCAUCAAGCUUAAAAACACACCUUAAAACUCAUGCUGGUGUAAAGCCUCACGUUUGUUCUUUUUGUGGAAAGAGUUUUAUACGACUGCAAAAUUUAAAAGAGCAUGAGAGUAUUCAUACUGGUGUGAGACCUUAUGAGUGCUUUGACUGUGGAAAGACCUUCAUUAUAUCAAGCAACUUAAAAUCACAUCAGAGAGUUCAUACUGGUGAGAAACCGUACAAGUGCUCACACUGUGAAAAGAGUUUCACUCGGUCAGAUUCCUUGAAAGCUCAUGAGACGGUUCAUACUGGAGAGACACCACACAAGUGUUCACACUGUGGAAAGAGUUUCUCUCGGUCAGAUUCGUUGAAAAUUCACGAGAGAGUUCAUACUGGAGAGAAGCCGUACCAGUGCUCUUCAUGUGGGAAGAGUUUUACCCGAUUAUCUACUCUACUGCCUCAUUGCCGGAGUUGUCUAGCCUAAUUCAGGGCUUCCCAACCACUGUGCCGUGACAGGUUGUCAGGUGUGCCAUGGAAAAUGAUCAAAUUCCAAAAAAUCAGUAAAAAUAAAUGCUACA